UGUUACCAUUGCAGUUAUGCCCAGAACCAUCUCACCCAAGUUUGCCAUCUGCUUCUCUUUUUGCUUCAGUGUCUCUCCACUGAUGUUUCAAGCUGAAAAGACAGCUAUGCACCCUUGCAGUUGUAAUCCUUAGUAAAAGUACCCACUUGCCAAGUCUUCUGAGGAGUGCUGACCUAGAAAAAAUGUUAUGCACCAGUAGAGGGAUUUUUCUAUUGCUUUUGGAAACAUGCAUCUAAUUGCUUUACACUCGAUGGGCUAUUUUGACUUCCUGAAUCUUAGAUUCACCAAAGUCAAUUUUAUUGUUAGGAUUUUUUUCUUGUCUUCACUUACUUUAAUUCUGCAAGUAGAUAUUAUAAUGUGGGGAAAAUGUUGGUUGUAGACACUCUAAGGGGAGCUUUGUAAAUUGCGAUAUCCACUGGGUUAUCUUCUUUAUAUAUGAAUGAAGGGAAAAUACAGUUUCAGACUCAGUUUCAGAUCUGCUUCCAGGCCAGACAGACAUUACAUAUUUAACAGCCUGCUCAAACUCAGAUGGCAAAUUCAUUAAUUUCCCAAAUUUCUCCUGUCUUCUGCUCAGUUUAGCACAUCUUCCAACUUGGAAAGCUGCACUUCUCCUACCAAGCUGAAACAGCUGCCAUUUCUUAUGCUUUUUCAGUGAUGUCAGAGUGCUCCAGUAUCAUGCUGCUUGGUAAAAGUAUGAUGUGAAGUUUCAGAAUCUCCAUGUGGUGUGAAUCUCCUGCUUACCAACUGUCAAGUUAAUAUGUUUAUUACAGUUGAUCAGCAGCCUCAGAAGUACUGGGCAAGUCCUUGAGAAAACGUUGCUGAAGUGACAUUUUUGGCAAAUCAUGUGAUUUUGUAGAGAUAGAUAUAUUUGUUUCCACAAAAGCUUUGAUAGGAGGCUGAGAUCGGAAGAGAAUCUAAUAGACUGUGUACUACCAGGACUGCUGAAUCCUGCCUGAAGGCCAGGAUUAGCCUUGGCUGGGAUGGAGAAUUAUGCUUGAAAUAAAGUUAGAGCAAGCCCUUGAGGGCUCUAGUCACCUCUUGCAAGCUUGUCAGUAAUCCCCUCACUCGUACGGGGAAGUUGGUAUACACUCACACACUCUCAUUUUAGUAAAAAUAUCCCAGAAGGUUUGUUUCAGUUCCAGUUUGCAACCAAACCUCAUGCUGAAAUCCUCAAGGUUGUUGAAAGCCAGAGUUGCUGACCUCUGAUAAGCCCUAAUGCUGCCCUAAAAUAUGUCCAGCUUGAGAAUGGAGGUCAAGGGUAAACUGCAGCUAAGAUAUGUUAGCUUUUGCAACCUUUUCAAUGACAAGGAUGCAGAGCAACGUGGUUUGCCUCAAAGGGUCAGGCCUAUUUAGUCUGUUUUUAGAUUAGGACAAGGACUUGUGUGUCAGCUAGACAAUAAAGAUUACCUGCAUGCUCAAGAUCUGGGCUGAGCCCUGUAGACUUUCUCUGUUUACCAUUGAAAUGACAUGUGCUCUAUGCUUUCAGCAUUUCUGGGGCAGGGCAAAGAUGGAGAGUCCCCAUCCCAGCCUCAGCAAGGGGUCAACACACCUUUGAUGAGCGGGGGGGGUUACUGGUGUGUGGAUGAGGUUUCUUAACCAGGUUUGAGGAGCGACAAGAUGAGGUUGGUGGCACAGUCAAGAGGCACUUCAUAUUGUUUCCUUGUCUACUUAAAAUAUUGCCUGCUCAGAGAAGCUGGCCUGCCACAUGUGAUUCCAUGGGGUUGCAUGGACCAGACUGGCUCCUCCAUGGUCCCUCUUGUCCUGCUGCACAGGCAGAAGCUACUGCUGCUCCAAGGGAAGCUGUAUGUUUUUAGUGACACCAAAGUAUAUUAAAAAAGUAGCAGCAGCCAUGUGGGCUCAGACCAAAGUUUCAUGAAUGAUUGUGCACACAUAAAUUAGCCUGAGUGGAGCCCCUGGCUGCAGCUGCAGUCUGACACAGCUAGCCCCCAGGCUCUUUCAGAGCCAUGUACCCCCCGGGCCUCGAACCCUCAGGUGCUACAUGGAGGGAGAAGAUGGUGUAUGACACUGUCAAGUGGCUGGAAAGGCACUAAGAAGCUUCUGGAAAUGAGGUUUUGGGAGCCAGACCUUGCUCAUUUCGGGAAGGGGGAAAGAGCAGUAAUGCUCACAAAUGCUGUUUGGUGUGGAGACCAUACGAAAGCUGCUCCUGCUAUGUGCCAGAAAAAGAUGCUGGGCAUUACCUCGGCCUGUGUCUAUCAGAAAGUUUACACGCUUUCUGGAGAAAUACAGAGCAACAUAUGGGGAAAUGAACCUAAAAAUUUUAGGUGUGGGUGCCAAAUUUUUAAGCACUCAUCUGUAAGGAAUUCUGAGUUUCUACUGUGGCCAUCCUGUCAGCAGACUAGUGGGCAUCCCUCAACCUAACAAUUAUUACUAGCCAACUGAAGGUAUUUGCUAUUUAUGGAUCACCAAAAUAGUCUGUGUUUUCUAAAUUACGUGACAUAAAGUACUAUCAUGCUAAUGCUGAAAUGCUCUGGAGCUGGGGGUGCCAAAAUCCCCUUUGCAAUUCGGUGCUGUGCCGUUUGGGUGAUGCUGUUUUCUCGCACAGGUGCAUCAGGAAAACUAUGUUUUCAAAGCAAAGAUUUAGCAUUAUCAGGGCAUUGUAAAGGAUAAGUAUUGGCCAUCAUCAACUAAAGGAAAAGGAGAGAUGCAAAAGGCUUAUACCUAAAAUGAAGUUCAGCAUUUCCUGGCUUUGGAGUGCUUUGUUGUUUUUCAUUCCAGGAAGGUUACAUAGAAGGGAGAACAGUUCAGUUUCUUUGAUGGGAGAAGUAGGGAGACAAACUUAUGCUUUAUUACAGUGUAGACAGUCACGGUAAGCACAAGGAAAGCUUGACUUUUUGAGGUGCUGAACAGUCUGCAAGUCCCAUUAAUUUUGCUUAAAGUUGCGAUGAUUCAGAACUUUGAAAACUUCUAGUGCUGGUCAUGUGUCUUGUGAAGGGUUCACUAUUGCACUAUUAUCUUGUAAAUGCUGGCCCUCCCCUCUCAAUAUUUUUUUCUCUGUAAAGCAUGUGUAGUAAAUUGCAUGUUGCGUUUUCCUCCUUAUGUGGAUCCCAAAGCAUUUGGCAAAAGGGAUUAGAUCAGCUGUAAAAUUAAGCACAUUUUCCUAGAGGUACUGCAGUGCAUGUGAACUUGUUAUAUUAGAGAACUGAAUUCUUGUUCGCCACUCUCUUUAUUAACUUUAUUGGGGAAAAUAUUAAGUUUAUUGGAGAAAAACAUUCAAAAACCUGCCUGCCUUUGCACCUUAUUUGCACUCUAUGUAGCAUUAAUACUCAGUUGCUUGGCUAAGUGUGAUGUGAGCUUUGAAGAUUGGGUCAACUACAGAGGAUGAUAAAGGUCCAUUGAGAGAUGCAAGUGGCACAGCAUUUGGUGCUCGUAUCCAAGGGAUGAGGAUUCAUUGUACAGUUUCCUGAAACCUUCAGAAAACUGGAGGAAAAUGUAGAGCUUACUGCAAAGCUCAGUAAGCUGUGCAUGCUGACAUUACCGGCAACACAGUGAUUUAUCAUCAUCUUAGAAUGUGGUUCUUUGUUUCCAUAGAGACCUGGGAAAAUGAAAGACAGUAAGCAAGAGAAAAGCAAGGUCUUCAUGAAAGCAAAUCAGCAUAGACAUCAUUACUCCCUUCUGCAGGCUUUUUUGGUGAUCUCGUCUAGUGUAUAUCUUAAUUCUUCAGAUUAUUCCCAUACAACAAAAAGACUUCACUGUUACCCUGGUCACAUUGCUGGUCAGUGUGGGGAUAAGGAUCUUUCUUAAGGGAGUAAGAAUAUUUACUUAUAUGUAAGCCUCUGUGAACACUGGUGGCUUUUUUCUGUUCUAUGGAAUAAAAGACAGGUUACCUGUGCCUGAAUUAUUUGAAAUGGUUUUCUUUUCCUCUUUCACAGAAAUGAAACUCAGAAAACUUUAGUUCCAGGUCAGAUAAACUGGCUCUUGAACCCACCUGUGUGUCCCAGCUGCUAGGAAAAAGAGGAGCAACCCCUACCACUGCUUCAUGUAAUUGCAUUCUUAGCAGGAGCCACAAAGCUAAAAGUUUUGGAAACAUUAAACCAUUUUGCUUUUGCCAAAGCAUUGUUUUUCAGUGGUUUCGCCCCAGAAAAUUAUUUUCAAAUCCAUUACUGGUUUCCUGAAAUUUUAUUAAAGAUGGCUUGCAAAAAUAAUGAUGACUUCUACUUUCCACUGUCUUAUGAGAGGAGUCUGGAAAACCUUCAAUCGGUGGCUUAAUGCUUUGCAGAACCCCUGGUCAUGGGGACUAAACACAGGUCUGCCGUUCUGUGUUCUGGCUGCUCCCAGCGUCCCCCUUCCUGCUGGUGCUGGGUUCGGGAGGACACAUCAGAUCCCGGGGGCUGGGAAUUGCCGCUGGCACAUUAGCCGGAGUGAUAGAUUUAGCUGUGGAUUGGAUGACAGACCUGAAAGAGGGUGUCUGCCUGUCUGCCUUCUGGUACAGCCACGAGCAGUGCUGCUGGACGUCUAAUGAAACUACAUUCGAUGACAGGGACAAAUGUCCCCAGUGGCAGAAGUGGUCUGAACUUCUUGUAAGCCAGUCUGAGGGUGCAAGUGCUUACAUUCUAAACUAUUUUCUAUACAUUAUGUGGGCUCUAUGUUUUGCUUUCCUGGCAGUCUCCCUGGUAAGAGUGUUUGCUCCCUAUGCCUGUGGCUCUGGAAUCCCAGAGAUAAAAACCAUCUUGAGUGGGUUCAUUAUUAGGGGCUACCUGGGAAAGUGGACACUUUUAAUCAAAACAGUCACCUUGGUUCUGGUGGUAUCUUCAGGCCUCAGCCUUGGCAAAGAGGGGCCGUUAGUCCAUGUGGCCUGUUGUUGUGGAAACUUCUUCAGCAGCCUUUUCUCAAAGUACAGCAAGAAUGAAGGAAAGAGAAGAGAGGUGCUUUCAGCUGCAGCUGCCGCAGGAGUUUCUGUUGCCUUUGGUGCUCCAAUUGGAGGUGUGCUUUUUAGUCUGGAAGAGGUCAGUUACUACUUUCCUCUGAAAACUCUUUGGAGAUCGUUUUUUGCUGCUCUUGUGGCUGCCUUCACACUGAGAUCCAUCAAUCCUUUUGGAAACAGCCGGCUGGUCUUGUUCUACGUGGAGUACCACACCCCUUGGUAUAUGGCUGAGCUCUUCCCCUUCAUCUUGCUCGGUGUCUUUGGCGGCCUCUGGGGGACCCUCUUUAUCCGAUGCAACAUUGCCUGGUGCAGGAGGCGAAAGACCACCAGACUUGGGAAAUACCCAGUCCUGGAAGUCAUAGUGAUAACAGCUAUCACCGCCAUCAUCGCCUAUCCCAACCCCUACACCCGGAGGAGCACCAGCGAGCUGAUCUCGGAGCUCUUCAAUGACUGCGGUGCACUGGAGUCCUCUCAGCUCUGCGACUACAUCAAUGACCCAAACAUGACCCGGCCAGUGGAUGACAUUCCCGACAGACCUGCUGGCCCUGGAGUUUACACUGCCAUGUGGCAGCUUGCCUUGGCUUUGGUGUUUAAAAUCGUCAUCACAAUAUUCACUUUCGGCAUGAAGAUCCCUUCAGGCCUUUUCAUUCCCAGCAUGGCUGUUGGAGCCAUGGCUGGCAGGAUGGUUGGGAUUGGAGUAGAGCAGCUGGCAUAUCACCAUCAUGACUGGAUCAUCUUCAGGAACUGGUGCAGACCUGGGGCAGACUGCGUCACACCAGGACUUUAUGCUAUGGUGGGAGCAGCAGCUUGCUUGGGUGGUGUUACUCGAAUGACAGUCUCUCUGGUGGUGAUUAUGUUUGAGUUAACUGGAGGCCUGGAGUACAUCGUACCUCUUAUGGCUGCAGCUGUCACAAGCAAGUGGGUGGCGGAUGCCUUUGGGAAAGAAGGGAUCUAUGAAGCUCACAUUCAUCUGAAUGGCUACCCAUUUCUGGAUGUGAAGGAUGAAUUCACCCACCGAACCCUGGCAACUGAUGUCAUGAGACCAAGGCGUGGUGAAGCUCCUCUCUCUGUUCUGACACAGGACAGCAUGACAGUAGAGGAUGUUGAGACACUAAUCAAGGAGACUGACUACAAUGGCUUUCCAGUAGUGGUUUCGAAAGACUCAGAGAGACUUAUUGGAUUUGCACAGAGACGAGAGCUGAUUCUUGCAAUAAAGAAUGCAAGACAGCGUCAGGAUGGGGUGGUGAGCAACUCCAUUGUGUACUUCACUGAAGAACCCCCUGAACUGCCACCCAACAGUCCUCAUCCACUGAAACUGCGGCGUAUUCUCAACCUGAGCCCUUUCACUGUCACUGACCACACACCAAUGGAGACUGUGGUAGACAUUUUCCGGAAACUCGGGCUCCGGCAGUGUCUUGUCACUCGCAGUGGGAGGCUGCUGGGUAUCAUAACUAAAAAGGAUGUAUUAAGACAUAUGGCUCAAAUGGCAAACCAGGACCCUGAAUCUAUCAUGUUUAACUAGACUGAUAAAGGAAGAAGAAAGUAACCCCAAAGGAAUCCCUUCUAGAUUAACACAAAGGCUAUAUUUGGUGUUUUAUAUUGUUUGAAAAGAAAAUGUAAUGUGUAUGAAGAAUGGUCCAAUAUGCCUCUGACAGAGGGAGUGGAUGCAGGAUGGCACUUAUUUAAUGAGGAAGGCGGUUUAGAAACUCUGAACAGCUGCAGACAUCAAGCUGUGUUUCCUUAAUGAGAUUCCCAACAGCUCAAUUGGAGCGUUGGUGGGUGUAAGUGAUGCGGUGCUUAGAGACAAAGAGCCAGGAGCACCAGUGGGAUGCAUCAGUGUUCACAGUAACUCUUGAGGCAGGUGUGAAGACUUGCAAGACAUUGUCUAUGUAUAAGCUAUUAAGAGAUAUAAAGAUCUGUGUUCCAAACUAAAGAGUGUGUAUGAGUAAUCUCAGUUGUUUUUGUUACUGAAGUCAUGGCUAUUUAUAUGCUACUGAAUUAUACCAUUUUCAUGAGGGAAAAAUGGUCAUAUUUUAAAAUGAAAAAUUUUGUCAUCUUCAUUUAUUUUUGUAGAAGUGAAUUAAGACUGGAGGUAAAGGAGCAAGAGCACACUUCAAUUCACUUUAAAAUGUAGUGUCCCCUGCUCCCUGCUUUAGUCUGUUGAAUUUUAUACAGUUUAGCAUUUCUGUCAAUCAACUUCCCUUUAUUUAUGUUGAAAUGUGACUUAUUUGUAAGGAUUUAUUAUUUCUCUAUGCAAUUUUGCAUACAGGUACUGUAAUAUUUAGUAUUAUGUGGUUUGCUGUGGCAACAGGAAAAACCAUCGACACCCAUGGAGGAACUUUCAAAGGCACUAAAGGGAGACUGGUGUCCAUCUCUCAUCAAUGUUAAUGACAAGACAUGAGAUCUCCUACCUGUCUCCCCUUGUGUACAUUAUCAUUUCUCACAAACUAAUGAAGUUCUGCAUUGAUUCCUCAUUCUCCAUUUAUUCUCUUUUUGUCACCACUAUUUCUUGGCAUUUGUCUGCACCCAUCAAGAGAUUGCUGAAGUUAAUUUAAGAGUCAUAGACAUUUAUUCUGUAGCAGAUCUACUUUUUAUGCAUCUGCCAGUCACAGGACUAUGGAAGCCCUCCCCACAACACUAAGGCUGGGUAAGAUCAAAGGGCCUGAAAAUGCAAAUGGCAAUAGCAAAGCUUUAACUACUUAUCUGUUUGCAUCAAGAACAAGAUUUAACAGCCCCCGGUAGGGACCUCCAAGUCACUCAGGUAAAAAUGAGAAAUUUUCCUAAACUCUUGUUCUGGUUCUGUGUGAGAUGCACAGAACCAGCAUUGUCUGUGUUAAUACACUAGCACUUUGGUUAAUACUGCUAUCAGUAACAGAAUACCAAUACUCUCAGUAACACAUAAUCCACACUGCCCAGUGUUUGCUUUAUAACUAUAAGCUUAAAGCUUGAAGAGAGUUUGCAUCUUAACUUAGGUGCCUUGAAUCACCUUCAGACCCUCUGAGAGUCUGGUCCCUUCAUUUAGGCAUCUAAGACUUCUGUUAUUUUUAUUCAAAUCCAUACAGAUACUGGUAGCUCACAUCCAUUGCAUCCAGAUAUUCUUCAUGGAAAGAGUUGAGUGAAGACCUCUCAUGCCAGAAGAGCCUGUUUCUUACUCCAGACAAAAGCCAGACUGUUGAUUUACCUUGUAGGCAAUGUACAUGAUAAUUGUGUGCCUGAACUGAGACAACUAGCCAGGUGUACACUAAGUUAGAUGCCUGAAGAUACAUGUCACAAAUUCCGCCUCUUAUCUCCAGUAACCCUGCUUCCUUCUGGCAUGUCCCACUGCAUUCACACAAAGUACAGCCCAAAUUGUUUAAGUAAAAGAAACAGAAGUAAAGGGAUAAUUUUAAUCUGGUAAGUACUCCAUUUAACAAUAGUGUUUGCAACAGACUGACAUAAAUAUAUAUAGCUCUGGCCAAAGCCCAUAAAUAUUUCAGUGUAUACUUUUUGUUAACCGAACAUCUGCAGUACAAUGUAUUAUUAAAGGGAUAUUGUUAAAACUAUGUAAGCUAUAGAGCUAAACAACCCUUUCCUUCUGAAAAUAGGAAAUACAACAAAAUAUUGUUGUUUCUUAUAUUUUUCUGUGAAGCUGUCAUCAGCCAAACUCGUAAAGAAGCCAACCAAGUCAACGACCAAGCUCAUAGACAUUGGAUUUCCUCAUUUGAACAGAGAUGCCAUCAUAAAAUAAAAUCAGUUCAUUUCCGCAUCUAAACCCAAGCAGGGCUUAGUGCAAAUGUCAGUUUCUACCCAAAACCACUAUAAUCUAAGGGAUUUGGGCUGAGAUAAAUAGCAAUCUUUAGAUUGCUAUAAAUAGCAGUCUUUGAGAGCAAUCUUGUUCUGAAAUUAAAACGGAAACUGUGUUCUACUGUUUGCUUUUCUAGCUUUUGAUGUCAAGACAUACAUGUUUGAUGAACACUUCUCCAUCUUCCUUUAUGUUUACAUAGGAAACAAGAGGGCGUACUCUCCCCACUUGAACACUUCUAAUACCUCUUUUGCUCAUAAGCCAAGAGAAGUAAGUUGGGAAGUGAAUUCAUCUGCUAUUUGAAGUCAAACUCAAGGCUUCAUAUAUAUCAGGAGAAAGGAGAGGUCUAAAGCCUUCUUUGUUAGCGAAGAAAAAUUCAGCCCAUGUGGCAUUAUAACGUAGUCCAUAGCAGAGCUACUUCUGAAGAGCAUUCACAGUACUGAGGGCAAUGUUUGCUAACAGGAACUAGGAUGCUAUAUCAACACUGAAAAACAUUGUCAUUUCCAGAGAAAAAGACCUGGAGUCACUUAACGGAGGUUAAACGGGCCCUGAAUACAAACUCACUUGGGCAUUGACUUGUGUUAUCAGCUUAAGCUCAGCCUGUGGCUAUGGGUAGGCAUAAACUUGUGUGGCUAAUUCCCAUUAACACCCAGACACACAAUCCACUAAAACCGUCAGCCCUGUGAUAACCUGUUGCCUUGUCUCAUUAGAUUGUAUAUGAGGAGCCCUCAGGGCAUAAGAACAGGAUCCAUAAACCCAGCAUAGUGGUUUGUAAGAAAUAACAGAAGGAACUGAGAUUUAUGUGUUUACUGUGGGUGCAGUUUGACCCUGGGACUACCACCCAAGCAGAAGGCAGGUAAAUGGAUGUACAGCUCUUUUCUAUCAAUCGUGUUGCUCUUUAGAUGGGAUGGUUUAACUAUCUAAGGGAUCAAGGAAGAAAGCUUUGGAUGUGUACCUGUGUACUGCUGCUCCUUGUUCCAGUGUCUGUUCGAAAUAUAUUAGGCCCCCUUAGAGCAGGGACUGAUAUUUAGCUUUCCAGAAAUGGCAUAGUCAUAGCUAACUUCAGCUGCUCAGCAUUAUCAAGGCUGAGGUGAUGCUAGAAUGACUUUGGAGGGCUUGGAAACUGGGCACAUUUUGCUAAUUAGAAAGCUUCCUCUAUGCUUCAGUCUUCACUGCUUAUAUUAUGAGUAUCUGAAUAGGGAACACUCCUAAUACAAAUUAAUAACAUGCUUUUCUCAAAAAAUACAGUUAUGAUGUAAUGAUUCAACGUAUUUCCACAUAACAAGCCCAUUAUCAGUCACUGUUUUCCAUCUGUAUUCCCAAAUAUAUCUCAGAAGUUACUGACUAGACUCCAAGAGGCAUAGAUCUCAGCCUUAAGCAUUUAUUUGAAUUUGUAGAGCUCAAGAUAGUCACGUAGCCUGAUCAAUCUUAGAGUUACAUAAGUACUUCAGUAUAUAGUGCUCACUUUAUGAAACUUCAGUUCAAUCCUCAUGUUCAAGCAGUUGGACUUCAAAGAUGUCAGGCUAAAUGAGAAUAAAAAUCUUUGAAUGGUGCAAGUUCAGUAUUGUACCUUUGUUUUGAAUGAACUGUGUUCUGUUACGUUCAGCUUCUAAUGUGUACUUGAAGCAAUCUGUACCAGAAACUUUAUUGUAAAAGUACAGAAUAUGGACAAUAUUUAUUAGCCAGAGCCAGACCCUUUGGCUGUCACAGUAAUACUAGUUAUUAACUCUUAUGCUUUGAUGAAGCAGGAAAAAAAAAAAAGAGUUUAAGAAUUACAGGAGACCCACUGAUUCAGUGUUGGAAUGACACUAUAAUUAUGAAUACAGUUUUGCUCUGUUUUCAGUUGGCUUCUUUGUUUUUUAUUGUAGGAAACAGUAUAUAUGUUGCACCUUAUUGAAAAAACAAUGUUUGGACUCUAUUUUUUAAAUAAAACUGACUUACAGGACUGGAAA